AUGGCUUCCGGUAAUUUGGAUAAUUCGAGUGACUCUCCCGACGAAUCAAAUGAUAGUUAUAUGCAAUUCUUUCUUAAAGCGUUAGACUUUCUUGAAGAUACGACAAUUUCUAGUGAUCCUCAAACUCGCCGGUAUACAGACCGGCGUCGGGAAAUUGGUCUUGUCACUCUUAUGAAUGAUUGGUUCGUUCCAGAACCAAAAUACGAAGACGAUUACUUUCGUAACAAGUUUCGAAUGGACAAGACCAUGUUUUUAGAUAUCGUGCGUAACAUUGAAGCAAACUUCCCGUAUUUCCUAGAAGGUUACAAUGCAAGAAAAAGAAAAAGUUUUACGGCGAUACAGAAAUGCACAUCCGCCGUUAGGCAACUCGCGACGGGUAACGCGCCAGACGAGUGCGACGAGUAUUUGUGCAUGGCAGCCAGAACCGCACGCGAGACUCUUGAUUAUUUUUGUGACGCCAUCAUUCGGUUGUAUAGUCGAGAGUACCUACGCAGGCCGACGUCACACGACGUUGCGCGCAUCUUCGAGGCCCACGAGCUUCGACAUCAUAUGCCCGGGAUGCUUGGUAGCAUCGAUUGCACACAUGUCGAGUGGUCGGCAUGUCCUAGACGUUUGAGAGGGCAAUACACGAGGGGUGACCACAACGGUCCAACUAUUAUGCUUGAAAUCACCGCGUCACAAGAUUUGUGGAUUUGGCAUGCUUUUUUCGGUGUCCCGGGGUCGAACAACGACAUCAACGUGUUGAAUACAUCCGAUUUGUAUGUCAGAGCGCGUAACGGAAUGACUCCGGACUCUUCAUUCACCGUGAAUGGCCGAGAUUAUAAACGUGGCUACUAUCUUAGUGAUGGGAUCUACAACAAGUGGUCAACACUUGUUAAAGCAUACCCGUAUCCAACCGACCCUAAGGAAAAAAGAUUCAAGAAAUUGCAAGAGGCGGCUCGAAAGGAUGUCGAGCGAGCUUUUGGUGUUCUCAAAGGUAAAUGGAAAAUUCUUCAACGACCUCUUCGACCUCAAACGAAAGACAAAAUUGGGAAGUACCCUAAAAUGACACCAGAGAUGUUUGCUGAGUGUUGCCCUGUUUGCCUUAACAUUUGCAAUUGUGCAUCUUGCUUGCGAAAAGUUGUCCCUAAAGUUGGUUCUCGAAGACGAUCAUCUUUUGUUAUGGAUCUACUUUGUCCGAUUACAUCAAGUAUAUUUGAAGAACGUUUGCCGCGUCAUGGUGUUGAGUUUAUCAGCUGUUUACCCUUUAAAGAGUACACACAUCCUUGUGAUGGCUACCUUAAUCUCGCAGUUAAAUUUCCUAAGUUUGUUUUAAAUCCAGACAUGGGCCCUAAAUUAUAUAUUGCUUACGGUAUUGCUCAAGAAUUGGGCCGUGGAGACUCUGUAACUAAACUUCAUUGUGAGAUGUCUGAUGCGGUGAAUGUAUUGACUCACACUGCAACGGUGACUGUCGACUCCAUGCCUCUUAGAACUAUAAAUUACUUGAAAAAGAAGCACAAGGCUCAGGAUCAGAAGGAAGUUUUUGGAAUUGAUAAAAACUUGGAAGACAAAAUUGUGGUUGAAAGAAAUCCAUGUGAUAUGGAUAUUUUAGAAACAGACAAUCUUUUAUCUGUUUGUAGUGCUAACGCUGGUAGCAAGUCGAAAUUUGGGAUUGAAACAGACUCAACUGGCGAUGAAUCAAAUGAAAAUGCAUUUAGGGAUAAAAGAUGCAAAGGAACUGAUUUUGGGAAUAGAAGGUAUUCAUUGAAAGAUAAUAGGAGGCAAAAUUUGAAUGGAGGAAAGAAAAUGAAACAUGAAAAAUCUUCUGGUAAACACAAUAAAAGAUCUGAUUUCUCACACGGUGAAGUAGAUGUUAAUGAGCAGACUGUAGAAGUUGCUGAUCAGGAUGGUAGCUAUGUUGACGGAUUUGAUCUGGGAGAAGGGGGUGCUUUGUGGGACAUCUUUAGGAGGGAAGAUACUCCUAAAUUGGAGGAAUAUCUUAAGAAACACUCGAGAGAGUUCAGAUAUUUUUACUGUCAUCCGGUGGAGCAGGUCAUCCAUCCAAUUCAUGAUCAAACUUUUUACUUAACUAUGGAGCAUAAAAGGAGGCUUAGAGAAGAGUAUGGAAUUCAGCCUUGGACUUUAGUUCAAAGGCUUGGUGAUGCUGUCUUUAUACCUGUUGGUUGUGUCCAUCAAGUUAGAUAUUUGAAGUCAUGUAUAAACGCUGCAGUGUACUUUGUUUCUCCUGAAAAUGUUGGUGAAUGUAUCCGAUUAUCUGAAGAUCUUCGCGUGCUACCCCAAAAUCACCGGGCAAAAGAGGAUAAGUUGGAGGUGAAGAAAAUGGCGCUUCUUGCAGUGAUUGAAGCUAUGAUGGACUUGGAAAAUCCGAAUCUAAACAAGUUCAGAUAGAGCAUUUGUGUCUAUCAUCAUGGAAAUGGGAAAUCCACGAUAAGUAUAUCGUACCGAAAGGUUCGUUGUUACGUUAGUAUGGAUGGUUUUUGGCUAAUUGAUGGUUUUGUUGCCAUUGGAUUCAGAUGGACCAACUGAAAGAACAGGAAGUGUGGGAAGAAGAAUGCAGAAAUGGAUCCAUUGAUGUAGUGUGUGAUUUGAUUAUGUUUUGUAGUUUGAAAUUUUUCGAGUUGUAACCUCUAACUUACUAACCAAUCAUGUCGUGAUUUGGGUUUGGCUCAUUUUAAUGAGAAUGACAUUUGGAAAA